AAAAACCAUUAAAAUCGAACCAAAUUCAUUUUUUUUGUUCGAUUUCCGAGUAACCGUUUGGUAACCCAACCAAAUGCCCACCCCUAAGGGCAGAUGGUGUUUAUGGUGGUCAGCAGUAUCACUGGCAACAAAAUCCUCCCUUUCGUGCUGAUAUUACAUAUCCAAGCCCUCUGCACCACCAGUUCCAUCAAGGCCGCAGCUGUCACCUGGUUACUUUUCCACAACUUCAAAUUCAACAACAGAACCACCACCGAUGUAGUCGAGAAUUAUACUAAACCACUUGCUCUACCAGCCAAUGCAACUUUGUCACAAAUGAAAAGGCAUAAUGAAGAAGCUUCCAAGCCUUACAAAGCUCUUACUUGCUUGCAUUCCUCUAUGAGUGACGAGAUUUUCAACAGGAUCAUUCACUGUGAAACAACAAAGGAGGUAUGGGACAAGAUUAAGUUUCAUGGAGAUGACAAAGCCAAGUGUAUGCAAGAGAUGAACUACAAGAGAGAGUUUGUAGUCUUGAGUAUGAAGGAUUUUGAAACUGUUAAGGAGUAUUCAAAUCACCUUAUGAAGUUGGUGAACCAAAUGAGGGUGCUUGGAGAAUAUGUGCCUGACAAAAGGGUUGUAGAAAAGGUCUUGGUGAGUCUUCCUGAGAAAUUUGAGCACAAAAUCUCUUCUCUAGAAGAUUCAAGGGACUUGACCAAGGUUCCCUUAACUGAGAUUAUUAGUUCCCUGUAAGCAAUGGAGCAAAGAAAGGCAUUGUGACUUG